AUGAAAGAAGAACAACAUGAAUUAUUAAAAUAUGUCUCCUAUAUGAAAUUAUCGUUUCAAUAUAACAAUCAUCACUAUGUCGACUAUCUAAAACGAUCAAAUGACGAUGGACAAUCGUCUCAUUCGUCUCUAAUUCAAAAAUAUACGAAAAAUGCAUUUCUUUAUCUACUCUAUAUAUGUUCACAUUUCAUUAUCGGUUUAUUAUUCGUAGUUAUAAUUGGUAGCGUAUUUUCAACUAAGAUAAGUGUAUCGAGUCAAUCAUUAACAACGGCAACAACAACAACGUCGUUGUCUAUAUCCAAUAUAACGUUAACAUCAAAAUAUAUAAGAUUAAAACGACAAUUUAAACAUAUUGAUGGAGGUAUUACAUCAUCAUCGAUUGAUAAAUAUUCGUAUAUGACAUUGAUACGUAAAGUAUUUUCUGAUCGUACAAGUUCCAAUAUUCGCGAUUGUACACUAAACAUGCCCACUGAUUAUUAUCAAAAACUACAGUCAAAUUCAGCUGCUGAACAAAUUAUUGAAUUAAUUAAACAAAAGUACAUAAAAGAAUUAAAAUCAGUCAAAAUAUUAGCGUUCAAAAUGAAAGCAAAAUUAAGUACAUCAACAAGUCUGAUUAAUGAUUUUUCAAUAUCAAGACUGCAUGAAGAAUAUGGACAUGAAUUACGUAUACUAUUAUCAAAAUUUAAAGAAAUAAAAGAAAUUCUGAUAACAACACAUGAACUCACUUCAUUUACAUAUUAUAAUUCAAUUCGUUAUUACAGAAUGUAUGUAUCUGUCGAUGGCGGUGAUAUUGAUGAUAUCGAUGAACAAAUUACUCACACAACAACAAAAGAAACUAAUAUUUUACUUGACUUUGGAGCAGUCAAUGCGUAUGAAACACUUAAAAAUUGGAAUAAUAAAAAAUUAACAACGUCAAAUUCAUCAACAGGAGAAAAUUCAACAAGUAAUUGGUCACCAUGGAAAGAUGGAUGGUGGCUUGGACCGGUGUUGUGUGAUAAUAAAAAUGAAAAAUAUCUAAUGGCUUAUAUUCUACCAUUAGCAGAGAACUACUUUUUUGUAACAUAUGUAAACAUCUCAAAUGUUGAUAUUAAUCAAUGUGCAUCGGAUAACGUACCAUUUGGUGGUACUAAUAAAUGUCAUAAAGAUAUGGAAUGUAUUCAAUUACAUGGUUACGGAUUUCAAUUGGGUGCAUACGAAUGUAAAUGUACAUCAUCAAAAGACAAUUUUACACUCAUCAUUAAAGGUUUUGAACUGGAAACAAAUAAAACAAAUGAUUUACAAACAUGUACAUGCAAUCAAUCAUCAGGAUGUCAAGCCGAAUAUAAUAAAAUUUUAAGAUAUAUUACGGUUGGAAUACAAACAGUGUUUAUUAUUUUCAUUGCAGUACUAGCAGUCAUUGUUUUUGAAAAAAGAAAGACAAAAAUUAUCAAACAUUCAAUGUGGAUAUUACUGGAGUUAAUAUUACUUGGUGCGGCACUACUUUAUGCAUCGGUUAUUGUCGACUCGUUUAAACCACAUGUUGUGGUUUGUUUAUUGAUGCCUUGGUUGCGUGAAGUGGGUUUUACGAUAGUUUAUGGAACAUUGAUAUUACGCGUUUAUAAAAUGUUAGCUGAAUUUCAAUCUCGAAAAGCUCAUUGUGUUCAAGUUAAAGAAAAAGAUAUAUUACGCAUAUUGUUCUUCAUUUGUAUAUCUAUUAUUGGUUACUUAUUAGCUUGGACAUUAUUAAAUAUUGAUCAUUCAAGUGAUAAAGAAUUUCAAAGAAAUUUAUUGGGAUCUGGUUUAACAAAAGAUAAAUUUUAUUUUGAAGCAUGUAGACCAAGAUGGUGGGAUUUUCUAGUACAAAUUGCUGAAUUUACCUUUUUAUGCGUUGGAAUACGUUUUAUCUAUAGUACAAGAACAGCACCAUCCGAAUAUCAUGAAAGAAAAUUAAUUACAAUUAGUAUUGCUUGCGAAAUGAUAUUUUCUACACUAUUACACAUAAUCAGAGAUUGUCUAUGGUCAACAGCAGAUCCCGAUGUUUUAUUUAUUCUAUCACUUAUCCGUUGUCAUGCAACCGUGACUUGUAUGCUUGUUCUUAUAUUUUGUACAAAAUUAUGUUACAUCUUCUAUCCUUCCAAUGAUGAUCAUCCCACUCGAGAUCAUAGAUUUCGCUCUUUACCUGAUGGUAUUGAACCGUCAGAUUUUACCACAAAAUUACAGUUAAAUGGUGAUGUUGAAUUUGGUGAAUUGAAUAUUCGAGAUAUGGAUCCGGAAGAUAUCAGAGUUGAAUUAAAACGUCUAUACACAAGUUUACAUUUACUUAAAACAAAGACAAUGAGAAAAGAUAAUCCUCAUUUAACAAAACGUGGACAACGACGUAAAAAUCGUCGAUUUUCAAUGCAAGCAUUUCAACGACAUGGUGGAGGUAUAGAAAAAGAAUCAAAAUCAACAACACACAAAGAAAUAAGUGAACAUGAAGCAACAAAAACUCCCGAAGAUAGUACGGGAAGUCAUGAAGGUCCCCAUGGUCAUACAAGUACCGAUGAAAAUGAUGAUAAUCAUCCAGUAAUGAUCAACGAGGUAACUACUCAACGUGUAACAUUCAAAUAA